AUCGAGCGAUUCGGCUCUUCAACAAGCAUGUCUUUAAAAGCGAUACUCCUAUAGAAGGUUGGCAUAAUUUCUCAAAAAGAGUCAUUUCAAGCAUAGGAAGGCUUCCUUUGACUUUGGAAGUUGUCGGUUCUCUUUUUGCCAAUACGGUCAGAUCGUAGUGGGAUGAGACAUCGGAGGACUUGAAGAAAGUCCCGCAUAGGCAAGUCCGAAACACAUCGAUGAUAAGUAUCAAGAAAUUGGAUGAUAUAGAAAAAGUCAUAUUCCUAGAUAUAGCAUGUUUUUGCAUAGGGGAGGAUAAGACUUAUGUGGAUUACAUGUGGCGUAGUACCGGAUAUUCUUCACGCAGUGCGAUUGAUGUUCUUCUCCUCAUGUCAUUGAUAAAGAUCGAUAACCACAAUUGUUUGUGGAUGGAUGAUGAAGUUCGAGAUCUAGGAAGAUACAUGGUCAUGAAAAAAAUCCUUGAAGAUGUUGCAAAGUGCCGUUGGGUGCGGAUUGAUGAGAAUACUCUAGACAUACUGAGGGGCACCGAGGAAAAAGGAGCACUCAGUUUGGGUAUUAGUCAUGAUUUUACACCUGAAGAAAUGGCCUGUUGGCCAAAGCUGAGGUUCCUUGGAGGGGAAAGACUGAAUUUCGUAGGCGACUUCAAAGAUCUUCUUCCUAAUCUGAGAUGGCUUUCUUGGCAUGAUUGCCCACAGGAUAUUUCAGCGACCAAUCUUCACAUGGAGAAUUUGGUCGUGCUCAACCUUUCGGGGAGCAAGAUCACUCACAAUUGGGGUGGAUGGAGGCAAAUCAAGGAGGCAAAAAAGUUGAAAGUUCUAGAUUUGACGGCCUGCCAAGAGUUAACCCAAACUCCUGACUUUUCUGUGUUUGGCGAGCUGGAGGAAUUAAUUCUCGCUGGUUGUAGGAAAUUAUCCACUAUUGGUAGCUCAAUCGGUAAGCUAAAACUGCUUCGUACUUUGAAUAUCGAGGGAUGUGUUUCCCUCAAAGGGUUGCCUGAGGAAAUCGGUUCUCUAGUACUCUUGACAGAGAUUAUCUUGCCCUAUAGAGGAGACAAGCCAUUCAACCUUCCUCAGGCACUAGGCAGCCUAAAUUCAUUGACGAGGUUUGAUGCUCGAGGUCAUUAUGGUAUUCACCAACUUCCUGACUCUAUUGGAAGGUUGACGAAUCUCACGCAUUUGAUUUUGCGUGGAUGCAAGAAUCUAUCUAAGCUUCCCGACUCUAUUGGUGAUCUAAAAUCAUUGGUCGAGUUGGACAUAGAACAUUCGAUGAUUAAUGCGAUCCCCGAUUCCAUUGGACAACUAAAGACACUAAAAGUUAUUAGGAUCGGGCACACAAAGAUAGAAACGAUACCUGAUACUAUUGAAGGAGUGGAGAAGCUCGAAGAGCUCCAUGCCCAGCAUUUAUUUUUUCUCAAGGAUGGAUUCCUUUUGAAAAUCAGAAGCCUGACCCGUCUGAGGAUCUUGAACUUAUAUCAGACUCGAAUCUCUACAGUGCCGCCCAAUAUCAUUGGUUGCUCCAGUCUCCAAACUCUUAUAAUUACAAGCCAAGAGCUUGGCCCGUUGCCAGAGCUUCCCCCGAGUUUGAAAUGCCUAUUGGUUUCACCUGAUGAAUUCCCUGUUCUUCCCAACCUCUCAAAUCUAGUUCAUUUAAAGCAUCUCGAAGUAUGGAAAGGUAAGUUAAGUAAUACAUCUUGGAUUGAUAAGGACAAGCUUAUCUCGCCAUGGGUGGACGCGGAGUCCAUUGUUCAGCUUCCACGUAGCUUAUCAAUCUUGAGACUUGGCUGGAUCCCGAAAUUGCCGAAAUUUUCCGAGUUCGAAAGCUUGUCGUUUCUCUAUAUCCACGGAUGUCCGAUGCAAGAGUUCCCUGAGCUUGAAUACUUGGAGGGGUUAAGGGAAUUGGAUAUCUCAGGGUGCCUCCUGGGGAGCACACCCAACCUAUCACGCCUGACGAGGCUACAGAAGUUAGAGCUCAGUAGCUUACCCAAAUUGACAGGGAUUCCAGGUUUGGGGGAACUGGAAUCACUUAAGUUUCUAGACAUUACUGACUGUAAUGCAAUCCGACAAUUGCCUAACUUGUCGGAGUUGAAAAAACUAGGGCAUCUCAAGCUACUUGGUUGUGAAAGGCUGGAAGCCGUCAACGGCUUGGUAGAACUGAAUCGUUUGAAGAAGGCGGAGAUCAAACAAUGCAUGUCCCUGGAGAGAUUGCCCGAUAUGCCGACAUUUACGAAGUUGGACACAGAUUGGACAGAAGCUGCAGAACACACCGUUCAGUCUACCAUGCCGUGGCUCCAAGUUUUGUGGGACAAAUUGAUCAGAAUCAUGAACAUGCACAACCAUGCUGGGAUUGAUUAA